AUGAUGUUGUAUGAUUUCAGGAGAUGAUGGCCACAGGCUCGGGAGAUACUGCCUGCUCGAACCAGUAAACAAGAUGACCAUCAUGUGACUUUGUUUGACAAGCCAUUUACACCGCUGCCGUCCAAGGAACUCCAAAAUGGCCUCUGUAGUCUCAACGAAAACGCGGAAGCUGGAUGCUAUUUGUGCCAAACUGAAACUCAUCAGCAAUGACUCCCCUCUGUCUCUCCCUGGUCUGGACUCUACAUCCACUCCCUGUCGUCAAGAACCUUUAACUCAGGCAGAUUUUAAUUGCCCGAGUCCCAUCAACCUGUCCCUGGCAACCAAGACCUGUGAAAGUGAAGUUUUGGAUACUCCCGGAGGUGAAAUACUCGAAAACAGCCCAGUUCUACUCAAAAAGGAGAAUGAAAAAGAAAUUGUGUCGACAGACACAAAUGAAGUAAAGAGUGAUGCUAUGCCACAGUGUUAUAGCGAAUCUGAAGAGCAAGCAUUGUCUCUGGUGACUAGAAAAUACGAAAAUGAAAACAUUAACACCAGUAACCCUGUUUCCGACUCUUCAGCAAACAACGUCUCAUCCACAGAGUGGGAACAGGAAGAUGGAGCAGGAUGUGAAAACAAUAACAACGAUACGACUGGUAAAAAGUCACAUGAUCUCAGUAGUAACCUUAGUGAUAAUGACAUCUCCAAGAAAGUAGAACUUUCGCAGGGAAACGGUGAAGAUGGUAGGGAGUUGGAUAAUUGUGCGGAAAACAAGGAGGACAACUGUUUGGAUGAAAAGUGUGUUGAUAUGUCUGUGAAACCAUUAACAACAUCAUCUGUCUCUACCCCUGCAUUGUCACCAUCUUCCUCAUCAACAGCAUCAGCAUUUUCCACACCAACAAUAUCUAGUCAACAAAAAGUGUCCGGGGCAAGUCGGAGAAAAAGUCGGAAAGCAACCCCACGCAAUAUAUCACAGGUGCGGGAAAUUAUGGAACAGUAUGACUGUAUAGAUGAUAAGGACGAACUAGCAGAGUACGAAUUAAACAACCAAAAUACAACAUUUCCACCUCCAGAAAACGAUGAUGAAUAUAUGGAUGAAGAAGAAAAUGUGAGAAAUGUAAAUGAAAGUAUGGACAUGGGAGAGAAUUUGAGUCUAGUUACAUCUUCAUCUACAGAAACCAGUAUUACCUCAACCCCCAGUAUUAAUGAUAGCUCUAGUUCACUAAACCUCACUUCUAAGUCAUCAGAAGGCAGAAACUCUAGAAAGAAUAGAAAACCUCAGAUGGCACCAAGCUUUAAUAUGCCGCUGGACCUGUCUGUGUGUCGGACAGAAGCCAGUGAGUACAUGGAUAGCGAUAGUUCUGAAUUUGAAUACAGUAUGGACGGUGACGAGGUGUCUCUGAGAAGUGAGUCUGGACGUAAUUCGCCGGAAGAUCUACGUCUAUCGACAUCUACAGAUAAACCAACAGUGCCAAAGAAAACACCGAAAAAUUCCUCAAAGCAAGACAAUCUUGAAAUAUCUGCCCUCAAAGACUAUGCAGAAAAUACCAUGAAUGAGCUUCUUCAGAUGUAUGGUUUGAGUCGAUCUGCAGACUCCGUCACCGGUCAAGUUCACCCAGAAAAUUUCUCUUCUAAUAAAAUAUUAGCACAUGGUGGUCCUGUGAUGCCAGGCAAGGACAGGUAUAGGCCGAUCCUACCGAAGAACUUCCAGCUAGAUCCAACAGUCAACGGUGAUGCACAGGAAGGACAGUGCCCUCCUACAUCUCAGGCAGGGAAGGCUGGAAUCUACAUCAACUAUGUCAACUCGCAUGUCAACAAGGCUGGAAAACAGAGUGAAGAAGGCAACAAAAAUCAGGACAAGUUCACUAACAGUGCUGCAUACAUCAAGGCCGUUUUUAACCACCAAAGCAAGGUCAAGGCCAGCUCUCAGGGGAGAGUACUCCUGCCAGACUACUCCAAAUACCUUAAACGAUUUAACAAUGGGCAAGAGUGUAAAGUUAAAUACUGCCAUGAGCUUGGGUACCGUGAGCACUUCCACUGCAUGGACUGCAACUUCCGCGUUUUUGUCAAGAAGGAGGAAAUGGUUCGACACUUCAAAUGGCACCGCAAGCGGGAAGAGUCGCUACAGCAUGGUUUCAUGAGAUACAGUCCGAUGGACGACUGUAGCCAGAAGUUUGUCAGCUGUACUCAUAACGGUCGUCAAACUCAUUAUCACUGCCUCCAGGGCGGUUGUGACAAGGUGUAUAUCAGUACAUCUGAUGUACAGAUGCAUGCCAACUAUCACCGAAAGGACUCAGCCAUCAUCCAGGAAGGUUUCCAGCGGUUCCGUGCCACCGAAGACUGUGGCACACCAUCUUGUGCCUUUUACGGACAGAGGACAACUCACUUUCAUUGUCGAAGACCCACCUGUAAUUUCACAUUCAAAAACAAGGCAGACAUGGAGAAACACAAAACAUAUCACCAGAAAGAUGAAGUGUUGGCGAAAGAUGGCUUCAAGAAGUUUAUGAAGUAUGAACACUGUGGCUACAUGUCUUGUCGUUAUUCCAAAGUCAGCAACCACAUCCACUGUAUACGGUCCGGUUGUAAUUAUGUCCUGCAUUCAACAGCCCAGCUGUACUCCCACAAGAGGAAGCAUGAGCGCCGCGAUUUUGAAUCGGCAUACAGGAAGUUUCGUGAGGAACAGCAAGACGUUAAGGGAAGUCCAGCUUCUGGUAUCAUUCAGGGAACAGUGGUAAAUUCUGUCUCCAACAUGCCACUGAUGCCAAACCACCAGCCAAUGUCACUUCCUGUAGCCAUCAAGCGUGAGGCACUGGAGGAUUUUGAUUCCAAUGACUCGAAAAGAUUGAAGACAGGUCAGUCUGGUAUGUCAUUACCACUUUCAAUAAAACAAGAGGCCUUUGAUGAUUCUGAGAGUAAUGAGUCAAAAUUCAUGCUGGAGGAGCAGUCAGAUAAUCUAAAUGAAAACAGCUUUUCUGAUGUUAAGUCCGAAUCAUCCGAAUCAAAUAAUGCCAUGGAUGUUUCCCACCACGACCUUGACAGUGACAGCAUAAAGGAUGACAUCUCAGAUGUUCCCGACACAACCUACAUUGAACCAAAGGCUUCCACAAUGGCUGCCCUUAACCUUACUGGGACUAAGCUCAGUGAUUCGCUUACAUUACCCAUACCUGCCAUGCAGGUCAAGGACGAAGUCCAAAUAAACUCCCCACAGGAUGUCACACCUGUCCGACAACAGUUACACCUUCCUGUCCAAAUCCCUACCUCAGCAUCCUCCAUGGCCACACCUCUGGUAGCCCCAGCCUCAUCCUCAGCCAUAUCCCAAACAGUCUCAACUGUAGCUAGUGUACCACUGCCUGCCAGGCCCCCCAUCAUGGAGAAGCGCGAGAGAGAUGAGGCAUGGAAAAAUUACCUUGUGAGGUACACAGCUAAUGACCCUUGUAACUCACGGUGCCAGUACCUAUACAAGGAUCACUAUCACUGUAAAGUAGAUGGAUGUUUGGUGCUGUUUAAGUCCAAGGAUGGGGUCCGGGAACACGCCAGAUUCCACGAGCUCCAAGACCGGAUCACACCAGUGGCUUACCAUGUUUAUGAACCUCUUCAGGCCUGUCCAAACAGUUGUCAGUACAGCCUAAAGGAAAAACACUACCACUGUAUCUGGUCUGGUUGUACACAUGUUGUGCCUCACAUUGGUCCAACAUUUGGCCGUUUGGAGCACUAUCGGAUUCACGAGUAUGCCAGGGCAUCCCAGGGAAAAACCUAUAAGUUUUCUGGGUCUAAACUUGAAGACAGUUCACCUCGACGAAGAGGUCGACCUCCAAAGUACCCAAAAAUUGACAUCCCAGUCAUCCCAAAGGUUGAGCUGACUGAGGAGGAGAUAGCCCAAUCUACUCGCAAAAUUGCCGUCAACAGUGCUGGCCUUCCUAAAGUUAUAAAUGGAUUUAAGAUGUUUGAGGAGUGUGAGGAAUGUCCGGAUGAGUUGUGUAUCUAUCAACAUCAACAACAUUACCACUGUGCCCGGCCACGCUGCCACCAUGUCACCGACCGGCUUGAUGUACUCAACCUGCAUGCCAAAGACUUCCAUAACUUUGUCACUAUUAUGGAAGGUUUUGAGUUCUUUGACAGGAAUGUCAACUGUCGUCGCAAUCACUGCAACAAUAAUAAAAUCAACCGACACUUCCACUGUGUGAAGCCAAAGUGCGACUAUUCUUUUGUCAGACACAGCACAAUGAUGCAACAUGACAAGAAACACAAGACAGACAGCCCAGCAGACCUCAAGCCCCUCCCACUGGUCAAAAAGGAGGUGGCUCCCAUUACCAUGCCAGGGUUCAUGCCUGUUAUCCCUGCUCUGUCCCCCAGCCCACUAGAGUCAGUCAACAAGGGCAUAAUCAAGACAUCGGGGACUUUCUUCCCCUGGUCGGGCCUGAGUAAAGCUACAGGCACUAUGGCUAUCCCGACACUAACCACACAGCUAGCUACACAGGUGUCCCCAAUCGCUACACUACAGGCCAUGCCAGUCGCUGUAUCCAACAUGGCACUGGUUGUCCCGACUGUAGCCACCGUGAGCUCUGUGGCCUCGCCUGUUCUCACUCAAGGACUGGUUGGAGGAAGCGUUCCACUGUCUGUAUUACUACAGCAGAAGGGAAGUAACUCUGUUCCACGACGCAGCUGGCAGGAACUGAAGGAAAGUAUGCACUUUGACAUCAACCAGAAUUGUGGUAGACCAUUCUGUAAAUUGAAGAAGAAAGAUCAUUUCCAUUGUUUUGACUGUAACCAGGCUUUCUCCGACCCAUCGCGACUUCGCAUUCACAUCUGUAAACAUGGCAUUAAGAUCAGCAAGAGUGAAGAAAAUCUUUCGGCAGCAGCCCCUGCUUCUGUCAUAAUGCAGACAAAGGCCCUGUCAACAGGGAACGGGAAUUGCCCACCAGAAGGUGCCCACCUUUCUGACCCAGACGAAGAAGAGGAGGAUGAAUUAAAUGGGUCCUCGUCAUUGAAUCUGGAAUUCUCAACAUUUUCUACCAUGAUUGCAAAAGCUCAGCAAGCCCAUGCUACAAGUCACCACCCCGCAUCUACCAACGACAGUGAUUCUGGACUUGGCUUCUCCGGUAAACUUGUCAUCGAUGAUAGAUUUCAGGAGGAGAAAAGUUCCGAUAUUCUAGACAGCAAUGAUAACAGUUUAGAUGAUGGGAAACAGGACGAUCUGAAGGACGGAGCAUCAGGGCGCAAGUCUGGACGAAAAAGAACGGCAACUAAACACAAUGAUUUUGUGGACAGUAAUUCAGUUGUUAUAAAGCAGAAGAAAAGUUCAAGCCCACGAAGUGGGAAGGAUGAUUCCAUCCCGGAAGGUUAUACCCGUAUCAAACAGAAAGAGGAUUGCCACUAUGAAAAGUGUGCUUACCGCCAAGGUGUGACACACUUCCACUGUAUCCGUGAAGAUUGUGGAUACAGCUUCAGCGAUCGGUCACGUCUCAUACAACACACCCUUAGACACGAACGUAUUGAUAGUCUGACUGGCGGAGAGAUGAGGCAGUACCGCAUGAACCAGUCGUGUAACAUGGGAGAGUGCGAGUACCAAGGCAAGGCGUCCCACUUCCACUGCCUGAAGUGUGAUUACUGCUGCACAGACUCAAGUAAGGUCCUCACCCACCGUAAGCACCAUUCCAAGAUGGACAGCAUCAGUUCGCAAGGGUUUGUGAAGGCGUCGGUUGAUGAGGAAUGUGGCGUGACUCUUUGUCAGUAUAACAGGAAGCAGACCCACUACCACUGUAACCGCACUCCGUGUAAUUACGCUGUACUAGGCCCUGCCCAGAUGUCCUCGCACAAAAUCAAACAUGCUAGCUAAGAUUUUAAACAUUUCGCAAAAGUAACUAGAACUCAAACAUUCCUUGAUAGUAACUUAAAUUCAAACAUACCUCAAUAGUAACUAGAAUUCAAACAUUCCUCAAAAAGUUACUGCAAACUUCACAUGAUGAGCUUUAUGUUAAAGUGUCAUCUUUUGUCUUUUUGAUGGUGGUGAAGUUUAAUACAUCUGGUUGAAUUAGCGUUACAGCCUGGCUGGUAUAUUGUCAACGUCUGUCAAUACAUUCCAAUGUGUCUAUAGCAUUACAGCC